AUCAUUGCUCUUACAGCGUUUCUCGUUGGAAGUCAUGGGGCACUCCCUAACUUUGGCCAAUGUACUUUCAUGGAGUACUUUUGCGCUGCUCGAAAAUGCGCCACAUUUUUCUAUAAAGGACUACAAAGGGACCCCAAAGGAGACUGUUUUGCUAAGUUCAACCAAAUGAAAGGCUGUGUGGUGAAGGUGAUGAAAUAUUGUGCUGACUCACUGACAGACAGCACCAUCAGAGGAACUGUAGACAAGAGUUUUGACAGCAAAGAAUGUUCUGAAGGCCCCGCUCUAAUACCGUCCUCGUCAGCGGCAUCAUUGCCUUGUUCCAGCUCUUUCGUCACUGAAGCAAACGCCUGUGGAAGGACCUUCCGGCAAAUAUACCUCGCGGACAAAUCGAGUUCCUCUCUUUGCACGGAGGGAGCCAAGCAGAAGAAGUGUCUGAAGAAUCUGAUCAAUUCUAACUGCACCUUUUCCUCUGCUGAGAGAGAAAUGUUUGACUUGGGCCUCGCUGACUACAAUCCUUUCUGUGCAAACAAUCGAGACCCUGGGGCGACCGGAAAUGAUCAGUGCUAUGGUGUGGAAGACAUCAGUGGACCCGCUGGCAUUAAUGCAGCUGCUGGCAUUAAUGCAGCUGCUGGCAUUAAUGCAGCUGCUGGCAUUAAUGCAGCUGCUGGCAUUAAACCUGGUGUAAUGCAGGCGCUGUUGUUAGUUUUCAUGUCCAUUUGUUUCUUUUUCAACCGUUGAAGAGGUUUCCCUCUUCAACAU